AUGGCCACACAACAAUCGGAAUUAAGUAAGGAUUCUUUCGUUUCCGUUGUUACCGGAAAUAACAACGGCGGCUCUCCUCAGCACGAGACAAGAUAUUAUUCUUCUAAAAGGGCUAGGGAAAUACAGUUGGAGGAAGGAAUUACCACUGCAUACCGUUCGGGUGCUCUCCCUCCGCCAUCGUAUUCCACAAACGGAGCGUUUAAUAAUGGUACCCUUCUUUCGGACUCCGCUGCUACUGCCUCACUUGAAUAUUUGAAUCUAAAAUCUGUUGGAACAAAGACGCCACCUGCUUCUAACGGCGACCAUCUUUCUUCAUAUCCUUCAUCCUUCCGUCGUAGUCGCGCAGAUACAUUACCAUCUUCAUUGACACGACCAAGUAGCCUUAAUCAAUCCACUUCUUCCUUGUCUAUGACUUCACCUAUCGGGUCUUCUACUUCUCAAAGUCUUCUCAGUACACCCAAGUCUAAUUCCCGCCUCCGCUCUGGAUCUCUUACAUUACCAUCAUCAUCCCUUUCCGCUGCCUUUGGACCAUCUAUUUUUACCACCGGAUGGACCGAUCAUCGUAAUGAAACACCACCCACUCCCCCUAUGCAAACCCCAACAACGGGGGAUUUGCUUCGUGGUGACGAAAAUAAUACAGUUGGUAAAACAUUAGAUUAUUUAGGCUUAGAUGAUCAUGAACACGGAAGUGUUUCAAAGCUCUCCUCGAAUUCUACAAGUCUUCCUCAAAUUAAGGUGGAAAUGAAGACUCCAACUACUCCCACCUACCAUUCAUCCAGUGGUUCAAUAUCUGCGUUACCUUCUCUUCGUAGAGAUGCCAAUCGAAUUCGUUCAUACUCUGUAUCCGCAACUGCGAAAUAUGAUGAUCCACCACCAACUACUUCGGUUACCACAAAUAAUCUUUUUCCCCCUGGUGCACCUGCUGUUCAACAAUUCCAUCAAACGCAUUCCAGGCCUCGAGCUAUAAGUUUAGGCAUAUUGGAUUUGCCCAACGAUAUUUUGAUGAUGCGACAAGGGAGAAAUGGUCAGAUGUAUAGUGAUUUAGCGGAACCUACACCAGCGUCUACCAAUCCCCCUCGAUCUCUUGGAGGUGAACAGUUAUUGGGAAUGAUGCUAGUGGAUGCGAUGGAAGGAAAGAAGAAACAUAUGGAUGAUGACUAUUUAUUAGUAGACCACGAAGAUCAGCACACGCGUUCUGGUAUAUCAAGCCCUCGUGAUCAUACCCCAGACCAUUCGCAACAAAGUACUCCUCCUCCACAGACUCCAACUCGAUCAUUAUGGAUUGGUAAUAUUGAUACAAACCUUAGUAAUCAAGAUCUGAUGCAGCUUUUUUCACCCUACGGGUCAAUCGAAAGUUUGAGGCUCCUUCCUGACAAAGAGUGUGGGUUCGUCAACUUUGUUCGGGUUGAAGACGCUGUCAAGGCGAAGGAUGACAUAAUGAAUAGAAUGGGUGGUCGUGUUGGAAAUUGUAUUGUCCGUGUUGGUUACGGCAAGGCGGAUGCUCUUAACAGCCAUGAUCUCUCUCCAUCUUUACAGACUCAACUACAACCAACACGGGCUCUUUGGGUCGGUAAUAUUCCUACAUCAACCACACCCCAAGCAUUACAAACCAUUUUUGCUCCUUAUGGUCCCAUCGAAUCUGCUAGGAUUUUGCCUCAUAAAAAUUGCGGGUUUAUUAAUUUCGAGAGACUUGAUGAUGCUGUGAAAGCCAAAAAAGCCUUGCACGGUAAAGAAGUUCUUGGAAGUCCUGUGAGAAUUGGAUUUGCAAAGGUGCAACCUAAACCUUCACCUACAUCAACUCCUGAGCCUGGAUCUCCUUCUAACCGCCAUAUCCGCAACCUUUCAGCGUCAUCAUCUUCUUCUAAUAAUCAGAAUGCUGGUCAAUGGAACGGACAGGUAGAAAACUAUCAUAAUAACAUGGUGAGAAUGAUGAUGGCGGGUGCGGCAAAUGCAGUAAAUUCAGCUAAUUCAACUAAUGGUCUGAGCGAAAGGCAGCUAAUUAUGCGUGAGUUAAGUGGUGAAGAUGAUACUGAUGUGGAUGAUAUAUAUGAAAACAAGACUCCGACGACAUAUUACACUUCUAUUCCUCCUGUUGGAGACCCAAAUCCAAAUCGUAAACCAGAUGCUUCGAGAUUACGAGAAAUUCGCAAACGCCUUGAUAGUGGUCAUUGUCUUCCAAAAGAAGUAGAAUCCAUUGCUAUUGAAAUUAUGGAUGAAUGUGUAGAGUUAUCAAGCGACUAUAUUGGAAACACCGUGAUCCAGAAGUUAUUUGAACGAUGCAACGAAAAUACAAAGCAGAAGAUGUUGGAAAAAAUUGCUCCCCAUCUAGCGACCAUAGGCAUUCAUAAGAACGGAACUUGGGCAGUUCAAAAGAUCAUUGAUUGCGCAAAAACUCCCGCUCAAAUGCAACUAAUCACAUCCAGCGUUAAGCCAUAUACACCACCGCUUCUUCUCGAUCAAUUUGGAAACUACGUUGUUCAAUGUUGCUUGCGCCUUGGACCUCAAAGAAAUCAAUUCAUCUUUGAUGCAAUGGUUGAUAGAUGUUGGGAAAUUGCGCAGGGUCGAUUCGGAGCACGUGCUAUGAGGGCUUGUCUGGAAAGCCAGCAUGUAACAAAGACACAACAGAAACAAGUUGCCAUUGCUGUUGUCAUGAAUGCUUUUCCACUAUCCACCAACCCAAAUGGUGCUUUGCUAUUGACAUGGUUACUUGAUACCUCUUCGUUCCCGGGUCGUUAUCGAGUUCUUGCACCACGACUUGCACCACACUUGGCACAUUUGUGUACCCAUAAACUUGCUUCUUUGACCGUCCUCAAAAUUAUCAAUCAAAGACAAGAACCUGACGCUCGCGACUUGACGAUAGAUUCGUUGUUCUUUUCUUCUAAUGAUCAAGUAUUGGAAGAUGUAUUGAGUGAUCAGGUUCAUGGAGUGGGAGUCGUACAAAAAGUCUUGGCUAGUCCAUAUGUUGAUCAAAGUGAAAAGCAGAGAUUAGCAGAAAAAGUUAAAGUCGUUUUAGGCAAAUUAAAAGUUCAACAAGUUCAAGGUUACAAACGUUUGAUGGAGGAAUUAGGAAUGGUUGGUGAUCCAUCUGUUGGAGGUACAUCAUUAAAUUCUGGCCCUUCGCCGGUUGGAAUUUCCCCACAAGGAAUGUUUACUACUCCCCUACCACCGGAUUUUGCUGCCGCCGCUGCGUACUAUGCUGCUGCAUUUGCAAGUCAACAAAUUCAACAAGCCGCAGUAAGUACACCAACAUCAGAGAAUAAUAAUGAACAGGUAGGAUCUCAAGCAACAGGGCAACCAUCUUCUAAUGAAGGUUCGUCUUCAAAUUCGGGUGCGUCGGUUUCCACAUCGACUUCGUCGACAACAUAUCCACAACCGGCUCCGAUAUUUAUGAAUAAUAUACCUAUGUCACCUCAUCCACACUCACCGUUUCAACCUACCUCGCCGUAUACGCACAUGAGUCCAUUUCCACCAUUCAUUCAUCCAUCCGCUUUGGCGGCAGUCGCGGCAGGCAUGUAUGGUCAUCCGGCUAUGUUCAAUCCAGCGGCUUAUCCAUACAUGCUCCCGAUGAUAAGUUCGGCACCUCCUACGCCAGUUGGCAAUACGAUGUCAACAAACUAUUUACAACAACAACAACUGGUACAGCAGCAAAGCUCACAAGAUCAACAAUCACAAUCUGCUGGUAGUGAUGCGCAGGCGCACACAUCGCCGCGAGUAACUAUUUCCGAAGCGAAUUCUCCCUCAUCGAUCGGUCAAGUCGAAGUGCAGGGUCAUGCUCAGUAA